GCAUUCACACAGCUUCGUUGGCUUCGUUGGCAGUUGGGUUGCAAGGAGCAGAGGCUCACUUUUGGUACCCCCGACUAUCUGGAGCCUUUCUGACCGGCAUCGCGUGGGCUUUGUUUUGGAUGCAACAAGUGGAAACUGCUCGCUCCUGGGUCCGCUGAGCUGUGCUGAGCCUAAAGCCCACCACGCAGGGGGCUGGAUUUGGUGGAAAUCCCCACUGGACUUAGAGUGCUCUUCCCAGACGAACAUCUGGGGCUCAGCCGUGGAGGAGGCAGCUGCCAGCCUGCAGAUAGAAGCACAGCAUAUCUCUCCAGGUGCCCUCGUGCUCCCGGGUCGCUGGGCCAUUCCUGCAGUGAGGUGAGCGUGGUGCCAGGACGUGGGGAUCCGGGCUCAUCCUGCAGGGCUGGGGCUGGUCCAAGUGGGAGCAAUAAGUUCAGAGAAGGAGCACCCGAGGGAGUCGCCUGCAGGAAGCGCCUUCUGGGAGGUGAGAAGCCCUCUGAUCCUCAUACCCGGGACAUGACCGAGUGCCCUCGUCCUCCUCCUUUAAUUUCCUAAGCUGGAUGGUGAACUUUCCAUCUGCUGCUGCGCUCCCAGGGCCGCCGCAUGAGCACGGCUGUGGCGGGUGAUGGCCUCGCAGCCCAGGCUGGCCCACGUCCUCCUGCUGGGCCUCGUGGCCGGCUGGCUGAGGGCUGCACAGCCCCGCGACUUCACAGUGAAGGACAUCGUCUACCUCCACCCCUCCACCACGCCAUUUCCUCAUGGAUUUAAAUGUUUCACCUGCGAAAGGGCAGCAGAUAAUUACGAAUGCAACCGCUGGGCUCCGGAUGUCUACUGUCCGAGAGGCACGAGGUACUGCUUCAGCCAACACAUGAUGAGAGUUACUGGAGAGAGCGUGUCCGUCACCAAGCGCUGCGUGCCCCUGGAGGACUGCCUGUCUACUGGAUGCACAUAUGUAAAGCAUGAGGAGUACAAGAUCUGCACAUCCUGCUGUGAAGGCACCAUCUGCAACCUGCCACUGCCCAGGAAUGCAAGCGAUGCUGUGUUCACCACCCUGUCCCCUCUCAGCAGCACCCCGGGGCUGUCAGGUCGCGCCGUGCUGACAGCAGUGUGCCUCCUGCUGGGGCUCAUGGCAUAGACCAGGAUCCGGCCCCACACCUGUGCUCAGGACCCCACGCUUCAGAACUGUAUCUGAAAGCUUGUUAAUUGGCGAUACUGGUAUGGAGAUGGAUUCAAAGAGGACUAAAACCCACAUUUCUUUGCUGGUUUUGGAAGAAACACGUGCAAAAUGUGCCUGGAUGUCAGGCCUAGACUUUUCUUGAUGUCUGUCUAACCUCCAUGAUUUUUUUUUUAUUCAGAAGUACCACAUCACUGCCACCUCCUCUUACCAUCACUCGCUCAUUCAGAAUGUUCUUUCUGGCAUUGUUCAUUGUUGUUAGCAUCAUUUGUCACAGCAAUCAAACCAGUGUCCCCCUUGCCUGGUCUGGGAAAACGCAUUGGAUAACACACAGGAUAAGCAACAAAGGUAUUAGGAUAUGAGGAACCAUUCCUUCUCCACAGAGCAGUCAGGCAGUGGCACAGCUGCCCGGGGAGUGGGGGUUACCAUCCCUGGGGGGGUCCCAGAGCUGUGGAUGUGGCACUGAGGGAUGUGGGAAGUGGGCAUGGGGGGGGACGGGGUGGGUUGGGGAACCUCGAUGGCUUCCUGUGGUUCUUGGUUUGGUUGGGCACCACGUAUGCAAUAUUUAUUUUUGUAUAUCAAGUAGGCUCUAAAGCAUUUAAAAGGUUCUUAAUGCUGAUACUGCUGGGGGAAGAAAAAAAAAAGUGGUUCUGCAAGUGGGUAAGCCUGUAGUAUAUAAAUUAUCAUAAGAGUAUAUAUAUAUAUAUAUAUAAAUAUAUAUAAAUAUAAUAUUUUGUGUCACUGUUGCAAACAAAUCCACUUCAUUUUUUUUAAGGUCAGUUAUAUAAACAGGGGGUCCGUGGUCUCGUUUUAUGAACGUCCCCAAUUGCUCUUUUCUGAACUACUGUUGGGCAGUCAUGCUCCAAGGAGCUUUACCAAGUUACAGCUUAUGCUCUGCCGUGCUUUUUUUGGGGGUGAGCCACAGCAUAAAGUGGUAGACAGAGGGAGGGAAAUCCUGCACUCCCAGUGCUGUGUGCUGCCCUUUGGCUUCGGAGCUGUGAUACCUGCUGAAGUGCUGUCACUGGAGGAGAACGGAGAGCAGCUCUCACGCUUCGGGUCUGGGGCAUUUCUCUGGGGUAGGAAAGCACACUGGAUGCCUUGGUACCUCUUGGUGUGGGGGUUGUGGUGGUGGUUUUUUUUGCUUUUUUUUUUUUUUUUUUUUUAAAUUAAUUUACCUAUAUAUUUCCUGGUCAAAAUUGAGCAUUGAGCACUGUGUCUUUCCCUUUUUACCUUUUACUAUAGAACUAACUGUUGAAGACGUUAGCUGCAUUUGGAGGUGCUUUUGGCUCUCCUGUGACUUGCUCACACAUCUCUAGUAUUAAGGGGUAGUUGCAAUCUGCUGCUUUGUGCAAACUCAACCCACCUGUCCACCCCAGGACCCAACCAGCUGUACCCUCACUGCCAUUCCUCCCCCAGAGCUGGCUGCAGAGGCAGCAGAGAGGAAGAAAGAGGAGGGGAGGGGGACAUCCUUGUCCCUGGGGGUGCUCCAGAACCACAGAGAUGUGGCACUGAGGGACAGGGUCAGUGGUCAUGGUGGGAGGGGUUGGGUUUGGUGAUCUUAGAGGCCUUUUCCAACCUCAAUGAUUCUCUCAUUCUAUGCAGCUUGCUGUUGUUCACCCCAUCCCUGGAGGUGUUCAAGGCCAGGUUGGAUGGGCCCUGGGCAGUCUGGGCUGGUAUGAACUGUGGAGGUUGGUGCCCCUGCCUGCUGGAGGGGGUUGGAGCUUCGUGAUCCUUGGGGUCCCUUCCAACCCGGGCCCUUCUGUGAGCUCCUGCGUUUAACAGAAGAACACUUUAACCCCAUUCACACACCUAACCCUAUGUGCUACACUAAUUCCUCCUGCAGUCAGAGGAGGAAAAAGUGGCCUUGCUCCUUUGCAGAGAGGGGGUGAACUGCAUCAGCUCAGACCCAUGAUAGAGUGGGGACAGGCCAUGGGCCAUGGAGAAGAAGCUGAGACCCCACACAUGAAUCUCCCUCUGCUCUUUCCUUGUGGGUCUCUCCGGGCAUAUAAUGCUGAGCUGCACCGUAUUUAUUUUUAGGCUGGGAGAUGCCUUUUAAAUACCUAAUUUUUUAACAAUUGUAAAUGAUGUACAGUUAUACAAAUAAAUGUUUUAAUCAUACA